UAACCGACAGCAUCCAGGACUUACUGCUUUGUGUGCGCGUACUCAACAUCUUGUUUCCACCGACUCACGACAGGAAGAACACUUACCCUACCCGGAGACCUGAGAGUGAAAAUGACCAACAUAUAUUGCCUAGUGCUGAGUUUACUAUCCUUGUUUACUGCGGCUGUAGUAAAUAUGACUACAGUUCCAUUCUCUCCACCUGUGUCCACCCUACUCACAGAAUCUACCGUCAAGACUUUAGGGACUACAAGCGGGGUCGCUGUGACAGAUUUGCCAGCAACGGUAAAUCCUAAUAUUGCACAAGGAAGGGUGCUCAUGCUGACAGCCCAUCCCAAUGAGAUCAUCGUGGGAGUGACCCCUGAUCUGACUUUACAGUGCACACCGGGAUUGAUAGAUGACCUGUCCAUCAUCAUGCUGCUUCAGAUUAAUCAUUUACUCAACGGAACAAGGACACCCAUUGUUGACGUCACGCCCUCUGGCACGCGCGUGUCACACGUGCAGUACACCAAUGCAAAAGUUGCAGGUCACAUACCACCUUCGGGGGUCAUAGGUGCCUACCUGACGGUGACCGUGUCCAGACCUGGAGUAACGGACGGUGGUCAGUACGAAUGUUCCCUGUCUGGACUCAACUCCAUGCAGCUGCUGACCACAAACCGUGUGACGGCAGUCGUGUCCGUUCUCGACCUUGGCGAGCUGUCGUCCGAAAUCAAGGAACUGAGGGAAAGAGUGCGUGAAGGAGCCGCAAAGUACGAGAAACUGGAGGAAGAGGUACAUGAACUAGAGACUGCCAGAGGUGUCGCCUUUAUGGCUUCUCUGACCUUUGACAUUGAUGCCUCCAGCGGGCGACUUGCACUGGACAUGGUGACUGCAGAUACAAAAGGCUCAUUUGCCAAUGGAACGUACGUCACUCCGGAGACAGGGAACUACCUGCUGGUUCUGCAGAUAGCGGUCAAAGCCGGAGGUCACAUAACCGCUGACCUGCGCCACAACGGGAGGUCGCUCGGCCGUGUCAUUGCCAGCGGAGGGUCCGAGGACGGGCAAGGUAGCAUCUCUGUGGUCGCACAGCUCAGGAAAGGGGAGGUGAUCGAUGUGGAAGUGAUGCAGUUUUCUCCCUCGACAAGGCUGCUGAGUUCACUCGCCACUUUCCUAUCUGGUCGCAUGCUGUGAUUGAUUUCCCAUCUUGAUCCACUGCAAAAACUGUUCCCACUUCUUGUGUCUGACUGGCCACAUAUUAGAUAAUUUUGAACCAUUUCUGUUUACCUCACUGUAACUUACAGUAUUGUAUAUAUAUAACCCUUUGAAAAGAACUGCAAAGUCUAAUAAUAAUAAUGAGGAUUUAUAAAGCGCCUUAUCAAAGAUUUGCUCACAGUGCUUUACAUAAAUCAUGCAUAGACGAAAUCAUUAACAUCCAUGCAUCCACAUUCGUAUAUAACGGACACGCUCACUUCUACAACACACAAUCAUCCACAAAGUAAAUGACAGACACAAGUUAUACACGCUCAUGGUCAGUACAGAGUCGAGAUGAAGUCGUAGUUCGGAAAAGAUUUGUCUUAAGCUGCGACUAAGAGGACGCAAGAGAAUAAGAGUGACGAAGGCUGACGGGUAAUUCGUUCCAAGUUGAUGAGGUUUGGUAUGAGAAAGACCAUCUGUCCAUACGUCUUUGUCUUAGUGGGACUCGCAAAAUCUUGGUGUCAGAUGAGCGAAGAGGUCGGACAGGUGUAUAGAUGGGAGCGAAAUUGAACAAUAUGCAUCGCUAAACAUACCACACAUUUAAGAAACAUUUUUCAUCCUUAGGCUUGUACAUGUGCAAAAAGUUUUGUUUUUAAAAAUAAAAUUAAGAUGUUAAAGCAA